GCUCCUGUGCACUUGUCUCCGUGUCCCAUACAAGAGGGUGUCUGUCCUGACGCGCAGUCCCAGAUGCCGCCGUAUGAGAAGCAAGUGUCUGCACGAGAAAGGAAAAUCGCCGUGCCAGGCCUGUAUCGAUGCCGGUCUUGACCCUAGCGAAUGCGUCUUCCCCGCUCGAGGUCAGCCCGACCUUGACCGCGAGUACCGGCACCCUCGAGUGAGGGCUGACAAGAGCAAGAAGCGGGAUGCUGCCAAGGCCCGCCGUGACGCCCUGGACGGCCCAGCUCCCCCGUCAAUGCCCGCAAUCCCCGCCGACGACUGGGACCUCCUGCCGCCGUUGCCCGAUAUCAUCCAGGCUGUGAACAAGUUUACGCGUCACUACUUCCAGCUGGGCUUCAUUCCGAAGCAGCAGUUUGCCGAGCGCCUGCGGACCCAACACCGGUCCAUCAGCGUGUUCUUCCUGCUCGGCAUCCUUAGCGUCUCGGCCCGGCUGACGCCGGCGCUGGUCGAGCGGUAUGGAACUGCCGUGAGGGCUUCGGAGACCUUCAUGGCGCGUGCAUCGGCGAUGGCCCAGAACGAGGUGUACAAGGAACCGACGCUGGAGAGAUGCCAGGCGUUCUAUCUGCUGAGCAUCGCGCAGCAGGGAAGCGGAUUGAAGCUCAUGAGUUCUAUCAACUUGGCGAUUGCGAUGCGGAUGGCAACUCUGAUGCAAUUGCACAGAGAGGAGACGUACGUGGUGCCGCAUCCUGCCCCAGAGCUCAUUAUCCGAGCCGAGUCUGCCCGGAGGACCCUGUGGAUGUUGCACAGUCAGGACAACCUGCACUCGGGUCCGCGGUCGCCGGUCUUGCUGUCGGCUAGCGACAUCACGGCACUGCUCCCCAGCAACGAGAAGGACUUUGCCAAUGCUCGAGUACCGCAUUCGAGGGCGGCGCUUGAGGACACUCCUCCGGCCGUGGAGAAUCCCUCCCUGGUUUCCGACGAUGGGAGAUCCCUGUUUGCUGCUCUUAUUCAGGCGCAUCACUAUUGGGGAGCCAUCUAUCGGCGAGCUGUCAGCAACAACAAGAGCGCGCGGCCGUGGGAGCCGAACAGCGAGUACGCUCGGAUGGAGAGACGGCUUACCGAAUGGGAGGCCGGCCUGCCGAACGACUACCGCUGGAGCAGCCUCCUUCUCAAGGGCUACAAGCAAGAAGGCCAGGAUCUGGCCUAUUUGGGGGUUACCAUGAUUACACGUCUCUGCAACAUCGUUAUCCGAAAGGCGUACUUGCAUGAGAUGAUAUCUCAUGACAGGUCAGACCCCGAGAUGACAACUUUUUGGACCGGCAUGGCCCGCAAACUCUUCUGGAACGUCAACGCUCUCUACGAGCAGAUCGAAACUCACUACGCUGACCGGACGCCGGAUGAGGGUCCUGGAGCACAGAUGGCGGCGUUUUGUGUCUACAGCUGUGGACUAUUGGCGUGCUAUCCGUGCAAGUUCCCAGACAUCUGUCCUGACCCAGUCAUCGCCCGCAACUCGCCCAUGAUGGUCGAGCGGAUUCUCCACAUCCUCGCCGAGAGCAGGAGCAUCUGGCCUCUGGCGUCCCGAUGGUAUGAUCUCCUUGAGAGAUUCUACAAGUCCCACAACUCCAUGACAGCUGGGGCGGAGGGCAGCAUGGCCGAUAGCAAAGAGCCAAUCCCGCAUGUCCUCCAAGCUACAUCCAGCCGCCCACCAGUGAAGCCGAUCCAACCGCGGAUCCUCGCGCCAGCCCCAGACGAAAAGAAUGACGCCCCGGUGCAAGACGGCGGCAACGUGCCCAUGCUUUCCGUCAUACAGCCGCUUGCCGGCCAGGCCGGCUAUUCCGAGCCUGGCCUCCGUCCAUCUGUGGCACCGUCCCAAGCUCCAUCCGGCGGACAGGCACCACCACCACCGCCUUCGACCGCCGGCGGCCCAAGACAGACCACGGACGGACUUGGUCUACUAAUCGAGGCCUUCGACACGCACCAGACGGCAGCUGCUGCGGCUGCGGCUGCGGCUGCGGCUGCGGCUGCUGCAGCCGCCUCUACCGCACCGGUCGGGCCGGGGACUACGAGCCCGCCUUCAGCAGGGCCGCCGCCGGGGCCGGCGUACGACGCGCAUAGCUCGGUGCCGGCGCCGCCGCAAUAUUACGCGCCGCCGGGGCUGGCAAUGAACGAUGGGUACGAGCACGAACUGGGCUACUACAUGUCUGACGGGGUGCCGCCGCCGGGGAUGCAGCAGGGUUGGGCGGACGGCGGGAAUGCGAUGUAUGGAUACUGAACUUUUUCGGCUCCCUUUGUUUUCCUGUGCGGUUUGUGCUGAAUGGAGGCUCUGCUGUGUGUCUAUCUGUCCUUGGGAGUUUUGAGGGGGAGUUAAUGGACGCCUGCUUGGCUUGGUUUGGCGGAUGGGUUGGGUUCAAAAUAACUUGUGGGAUAUGAGCUGACGCUUGCUGUAGGAAUGAGGGAAUAGGGUUGAGUGUUUCUGCUUGCCAUGACUACGGCAGGGUAGCUAGGUAGCUCAAGAUGCUGUUCCCUGCUUGUCUGGAAAGGAUGAGCACGAUUGCCCUGCUUCAACUUGAUUGUUCCGGAUAGCUA